AUGUGCAGAAAAAACAAGAAAUUACAUUAUAAAAGCAAAAGAAAGAGACCAAAGAUUGGAGAAGAAGAUUCCAAAAAGUUGUAUAAAAAAUUUUGGAAUCAAAAACAAUAAAUUGACCAGUCAAGAAUUAAAGAUAGAAAGAUAAAGUGGAAGGUUACAUCAAAGGAGAGCGAAUUGAAUUUACUUAGGAAUAUAAUCAGUUUAUUGAAUGUUGAAGUAGAACGCUUAAGUAAAAGUGGUGAAGAUUUAUUGAUAAUGGAGGUUGGAGAGAAAAGUACUCUAGGUUAUAAGUUGAUUGCAUAUACAAGACCAGGGAGCAGUUUUAGAAUAUCUGAGAAGCCUUAAUAAUAAUGA